AUGCCUGCGGAAAAGCACAAGAAGUCUAAGGGAGAACGCAAGCCUGUCGAUGAUGUGGAGGCCUCUAACAGUUGCUCCGAGGACAGCAGUGCAGAAUUGUUCGAAGUUUUAGACCUCCUUGAGAGCAAGCAGCCCAAGGCCCGAGCAGCUGGCCUGGAGAGGUUCACACGACUCCUUAUCGCCGAUACAACAGUUGAUUGGCUAAAGGACGACGCAGCCACUGCAUGUGCAGCCAUUCUGAAAGGACAGAAAUAUGCGCAGGGCGAGGAAUAUGUACGCUACCUGUCUAUCCUUGUUAGGCUUGUACUGACCGAUACAAGUGGAUCGGUUGCUGAUACUGUGUGUACUUCUCUUCCAGGCAACUUUAUAAGGACCUCAAUUCUAUCAUGUCAGCCCGGUACUACAGCUGAUAGCAUAGUGGCGGUGACUGCUUUUUUGCUGUUUGGCUCAUUUGAGGAAUCAUGUGUCUCUGAAGGCAUAGAUACACUGGCUCUGGCUGCGCUGGAGCUCCCAUUAUCUGGAAACGAGCGGGCUCUGUCCAACGUGUACUGCUGUCUCGCUGCCCUUGUUAGCUUAGAACCUGCGAUGAUUAGAGCUACCUGGCAGCUGGAGCGUUAUACAAAGCGGCUCAGGGCACUCUUGGACUCCUGCAACGUUAGUGUUUCUGACGCCGUGGGUCAAUUCAUUCUCGUACUGGCCGAAGAGGAUGGUUUUUAUCGGUCCUUUUUGCCUCUCUUCAAGGAGUUGAAAGACCUACAUGGAAAGGAUAUAAGCAGAGACGUCUCAAAGGAUAUCCGUGCAAUGUUUUCUGAGUACGCUGACGAACUAGCUUCAAGGUCUUUUGAACACAGAACCAUUAAACUAAGGAAGUACGAUGCAUUAGAGAUAAAUAGCAGACAGCUCCAGGCGCGCUAUGCCUUUAUCCUUCUGGCCUUGGCAGGCUUUGAUGACGUAGACCAUAUAAUUUCUGGCAACGACACUGUCAGGGCCUUCCUGGGCCUCCCCAAUGCCGAACUUAAGAACGUGAAGCAGAAGGGUAAGUACCUUGAUGUAGUGUCUGAUGAGGAACUACGUAAGCAGCGUGCAAUACGACAGCGUGAAAAAACUGAGCGGAAACAACGAAAAUAG